AUGGUUCCCACGUCGAGCAAGCCCGAGGAUGAAGGCUCGCCAGGAGCUGCGAAAGAAAGGCUGAUUGUGCUGGGGAUAGAAAGCAGCGCGAACAAAGUGGGCGUGGGCGUAGUGGACAGCUCGGGGAACAUCCUGGCGAACCCCCGGGCCACUUUCAUCACCCCCCCGGGCACAGGAUUUCUCCCGCGGGAAACAGCAGCGCACCACCAGGCAAAUGUGACGCAGCUGAUUCGCAAGGCGAUGGACGAGGCGGGGGUUUCGCCCGCCAUGAUCACAUGCAUUGCCUACACAGCGGGCCCCGGGAUGGGGGCCCCCCUGGCUGUGGGGGCCCUCUCUGCGAGGACUUUGGCUCUGCUGUGGAACAAGCCCCUUGUGCCUGUUAACCACUGCAUUGCGCACAUCGAGAUGGGACGCCUGGUGACGGGCUGCAGCAACCCCACUGUGUUGUAUGUGUCCGGGGGAAACACACAAGUGAUUGGCUACAGCGAAGGCCGCUACAGGAUCUUGGGGGAAACUCUGGACAUGGCAAUUGGCAACUGCAUAGACAGAGUGGCGCGGCUGCUGCACCUGCCCAACGACCCCGCGCCCGGCUUCCAAGUCGAGCAAAUGGCCCUCAAGUUCGAAAAGCUGUAUCGGGCCACUCACCCCGAAGCUGCUGCUCCCCCUUUGCUGCCUCUCAGCUACAAUGUAAAGGGCAUGGACGUCGCCUUCAGCGGGGUGUUAACUAAGGCGGAAGAGGCCGUUCAUCUCAUGCUCGAGCUCCGCGCGAGAAAGCCUUGCUCCAGCGACGCCCAGUCUAGACAGAAUGCUGCUGCUGCUGCUGCUGGUGAUGAUCCCGCAGUAGAGUCUCAGAGCGCUGCGGCUGACAGCAGACGGCCGGAAGUGGCCGAAGAAAUGGCCAAGCGGAUGAGGACAAAGCGCAGUGGCGGGCAGCUGCGCAAGAGGGGAAAUCCCAGUCGAGAAAGCGCAGACAGCAGCAUCCCCGAGGAGCUUCUCACUCCGGAAUCCAUUUGUUAUUCCUUGCAAGAAUAUCUUUUUGGAAUGCUGGUUGAAAUUACGGAGCGAGCGAUGGCGCUUUCGCACAGUUCAGAUGUGCUGGUAGUGGGCGGCGUCGGGUGCAACUUGCGGCUGCAGCAAAUGCUGCGGGAAAUGGCCCGGCAGCGGGGCUGCUCGAUGGGCGGAAUGGACGAAAGAUACUGCAUUGACAACGGGGCCAUGAUUGCCUACGUGGGUCUUCUGAUGUACCAGUGCGGCCAGACAGUGCAGCCCAGCAGGAGUUUCUACAGGCAAAGGUUUCGCACGGACCAGGUGGAGGUCACCUGGAGAGCAAACGAAGCUGAAAAGACUUCGCCGCAAAAGCUGAACUGA